UCCAGUUUAUUUAUAUUAUUAUCUCGCGUCCUUGUUCAGCAUCGAAGUAAACAUCAAUUAAAUGUAAACAUUAAUGGGUUCCUUGUCGUUACAUUGGUCUCAUUUAUAUGAAAGUAAGCAAGCUCCACGUACUAGCGUUUCCCAUUAUUGGGUUGUGUUAGAUUGAAGUCCACUACGAAUUCACAAUGGGAAAGGAAAUGGAAUUUUACCGUGAAAACGGUUACAUUCUUGUGAAGGAUAACGUACGGCAUGAGUUGCUCGACGAAAUGAAGCAGCGCUUCAUUGAAAUAUGUAAUGGCGCUGAAGACAAUGUUACGGUGGUGACGAAGGAUCCGUCUUUGAAGAACAAAGGGCUCGAAGGAGAGUAUUUAGUCAAUAGGAUCCAAGACUUCACCAACGACGAUUGCCUAUGGAAAUACGCGAGCUACCCGGCCGUAGUCGACAUAGUUGAACGGAUAAUCGGCCCGAAAAUAACGGUGAUCAACUCGAUGCUCAUAAACAAACCUCCGAAUUCGCGAAAAGAAAUCUCCUUGCAUCCGCUGCAUCAAGACUUGCAUUACUUUCCGAUCCGUCCGGCGGACAAAAUCGUAGCCUCUUGGACUGCCAUGGAACGCGUCGACCAACGGAAUGGGUGCCUUUACGUUAUACCAGGUUCGCACUCGAGGCAGAUCUUGUACGAGCACAAGUACCCACAGGGAAUCAGAAAUAAUUUUUAUCACGGUGUGCAAGGGUUGGACCACGUCCCGAAAACAUAUUUGGAAAUGGACAAGGGCGACACUGUCUUUUUUCAUCCUCUGUUGCUCCAUGGUUCGGGGCCCAACAUUACGAAGGGUUUUAGAAAAGCAAUAUCGUGUCACUACGCUAGCUCGGACUGUCAUUUCAUAGACGUCAGAGGUACAACUCAAAACGACUUAGUGGCAGAGUUUGAACAUAUGAUAAGGAUGACAGGAGGAGAUAUGAGAUAUGAGGAAUUUAUUAAACUCAAGAGUCGAAUAGUUAGAGGGGAACCGGGCCGUCUUCAGGCUCUAACUUGCGCCCUAUAACUCAAUCGAAACUGAUUUACCAAGAUAUGAUAACUGUUUAAAUUUUGACGUGAUUAUUAUUUUUAGUAGGAUAUAGAUGAGGUGGUGCAGAUAUGACGUAUGACAUCCCAACUCUACUCGCCGCAACUUUCCUAACUAUUGCUUUUAAUAGAGACAUUACUGCAUUUAUAUAAAUAUAAUGGCAAAUACUUACAGUAAUAUCUGGAUAUCACGAAACCGUAAAUUUUUCUGAAACUCGCUAUAUAUAUAAUAAAUAUAAAAUAUGUA